AUGAAAUCAAUUCUUGUUGAUUCCGAACGUUUUCAUUUGGUGAAAGGUUGGAUUUUAUCGAUGACCGACUGCAAAGAUAAUGAAAACGGAAGUGAUUUUUGGAAUUGGAUUGAAACCAACAAUGAACUGUCGAAAACAGAUUCAACCAAUUUGUUGAAUACAUUUUUCGCGUUUCUCGCUGCCGAUCCAAAUCGUGUUGUUGCCACAGGAUCGAUCGUCGCUGACGAUCGUGAUAUGGGAAAGAAAUUACACUUAGAAGAUGGUGUUUGGAUCGGUGGAGUGAAUGUCCACCGGGAUUUUCGUGGAAAGUCAAUCGGGCGGCUUUUCGUUGAAUAUCUGGACAAUUAUAUUCAACAAACAAUCAACAAAGACACGAUGGUUUAUCUGUUUACAAAUAACCCUCAAGCGAAGAACAUUUAUAGACGAUAUCAUUUUCAAUCCAAGAAAUUAAUCGGGGAAGAAACUUCUACGGUAAGAUGA